CGCGCCCUUCUAAGCGUAUCUGUGCGUGUCACGCGCAGUUACACGCCCCCGGUUUACUGCAGCUAUCAGAUGCACGAGGCAGUUUAGGUGGAUGCAGGAAAAGGCGCGUGUCAUUGAGCAUCGUGCUGCUCCGGAGUUGCGCGCGGAGUUUACGGUCAGAGAGAGACAUUCUGUAACAGUGCGCGUGAGAAAGGUAGAGUAGACAGUCCAAACUCGGAGUCCUGUCUGACGCCGACACACAAACCAUCUGGAAAAGUUGGCUGGGGGCAGCGCGUGUACGCUGAUCGGUUAACAGCAGCGAGGAAAGUGUUCAUCCUAGGCUUUACGAGCGGACUCCUGAGGAGAAGCUGCGCGUACCUGCGGAAUGUGCGCCCCGUGAAGGACUGUGCCAUCACUCCUGCGCUGCUUGGAGUCUUAUAGGGGUCGGCUCGGGGACCAGGCUGCGCUCGCUUUACCAUGUCAGUAGAGCUUCAGUGAGAGAUAUCCGACAGACAGAGAGAGUGAGAAGAGGAAGGAAGCAAUUUGAACAUAGGGAUUACAGCCAGACGCGACAUGUUCCUGAUUAACAUAAUCUCUGUGGUGUUUGUGUUAGAUGUUUGCAUGUGUGAAUCGGAGCUGGGAUCCCCCGGCUGGAGGGAACCUCUGGACUGUGUUCGAGCUUCAGAGCUGUGCAACCAGAACAGUCAGUGCAGCUCACGCUAUCGGAUCAUGCGCCAGUGUCUGUCUGGCGGGGACAAGGAGCGCAGUACCAUGCUGCCCUCCAGGGAGUGCCAGGGGGCGCUGGAGGUAUUGCAGGACUCGCCGCUGUAUGACUGCCGCUGCAAGAGGGGCAUGAAAAAGGAGCUGCAGUGUCUGCAGAACUACUGGAGCAUCCACAUGGGUCUGACUGAAGGUGAAGAAUUCUAUGAGACUUCUCCAUACGAGCCAAUCCAUUUCUCUGAGGAAUUCAGGCAUGCCUCCAUUAUCUCAGACUCCUCUUUGUCGAAGAUGAGGCCAUGUUCUGAGGCAGGAAAACCCUGUAACCCCUGCGUGGAUGCAGCGAAAGCCUGUUACCUGAAUGAAACCUGUAGACGCCUGCGAUCAGCCUACAACAUUAUCUGUAGCAAGGUCACACCCCCACAGUCCUCUGCAGCCAAUCAGGAGCCAUGCAGCAGGAAGCGGUGUCAGAAGGCCCUGCGCCAGUUUUUUGAGCGUGUCUCAUGGGAGCUGAGCUACCCUCUGCUGUUCUGCUCCUGCCUGGAUCAAGCGUGUGCUGAGCGCCGUCGCCGCACCAUAGUCCCAUCCUGCUCCCACCAGGAGAGACACAAACCCACCUGCCUAGAACUGCGACGCACCUGCCGCUCCGAUGCCCUGUGCAGGUCUCGCCUUGCUGAUUUCCACAUGAACUGCCAGAUUACGUCUCACACCGCCACCAGCUGCCCUUAUGACAACUACAUCGGCUGCCUCAUGUCCUACGUCGGCCUCAUUGGCUCAGACGUAACACCAAACUACAAUGACAACAGCCCCACUAACAUCACCAUCAGCCUGUGGUGCACCUGCAGGGGCACGGGUCACCAAGAGCAGGACUGUGACGCCUUCCACCGAGACUUCACCCACAACACCUGCCUCAAAAAUGCCAUCCUGUCAUUUGGUUACGGAUCUGAAGGAGCCGCUCCUGUAACUGAGCAACCAUCCACUUUUCUGCCUCCUGCUCAGCCGCCCAUCAUCUCCAAACUGGCUCCUUCAAUACACGGGAAGGCCAUCAAGCCCAUGGACACUGCCUGUAUGUUCGCCACCUGUGCCAACCUGCAGGAUGGAGGUCAGAAGUGCAUACCGUCUGAUGACUUUGAGUGUGAGGAGACUUUGUUGGCCCAGGGGUCAAUAGACUCUCAGGAUUCUGUGGGACCCAAAAGCAGCAGCCAGGAAUCAGCUCCGCUACUACACCACAUUGCUGUGACUGUGUGGGUGUCCAUUCUACCAGCACUUCUACACUUUAUGUCAUAAAUUUGAAAUCACACACAUACAUGCAUACCCACAAACCCACAUAAACACAGUCCUAAAUGUCAAGCAACAGAUUUCCAAGUAUCCACCACAGACUUUUUGAAGAGGGAAUCUGGAGACCACUCAGAUGAGCAGUCUUUCUGCACCACACAGUCACACACAGGCCAUGAGGGGGAGAAAGGAAGCAGCUGGACUUUGGGGUGUUGUAUGUAGUUGAGAAAGUGAAUCAGAAACACAAAUGAGAGACUCUUGGGACUCUGUGUCAGAGUGACUUUUUUUUCAAUGCUCUGUGUCUUCAGGGUAUGUGUACUUUCUGUGCAACCCAGCUCGGACUCACUUCCUUAGGCUCCUUUGGAUCUGAGACAGCGAGGCUGACAAACAAGAAUAUGACUGUGUCCAUGUAAACAUAGAGACAUGCACUUACACUUAAAUUGAUCAGGAGUGUUAAAGUUGACAGUGUGAGAGAGAGGGGAAGAUACGACACUGUAGAACAGCUGGCACAGAUCUUUCUAUGAGGUUUGUCGGCUCAAAGUAUUGCUCCUUCAGACCUCUCUCGUGGCAACAAAUCAAAACAACAUACAAGCAACACACAAGCGCACCUAUAUACAUACUGCCCUCUUCCCAUUAGACCUCUUCAGCGGGUAAACAGGGUCCCCACACAAACCAGACACAAACACUCAUGCUGUACACCAGUGCCCUAUUUGUGGGUCUUUCUCUUCAUUUUGUGGUCAACAUCCUGUACAGACUUCAUUUGCUGUGGAAAAUGAAAAGUAAAAAGUCCAGUAAAUGAGUGUUUCACAUCAAUAUUCAGCCAUGUGUGUGUGUAUGUCUGUUUGUCGGUGUAAAUGUCCGUGAUGAUUGUUGACACAUCCGUCCAUGGAGGUAAACAAAUAAAGGGACAGGUGGAACUUUAAUCAGAUGACAAACUGUGAAACAUGAUGCACAUGUACAGCUUAAAAAAUCUGAUCUAAAUUCAAGUCUCAGUCCUACUGAAUCAUAACAUCAUAGCAAUUAAUUUGGCAUUUUUUGUCUAGAAAUACUUAACUAUAAUAAAAAAAAAAAACAUUUACUUAUUUUAUUUCAUAUACGUUUCCCACACACACUAAAUAGAUGUUCUUUCUAGUAAAUGCUUAUGACUAAAUAGUAUUUGAACAAAGUAAACAAUUUUAAUAUUAAAAAACGUACAGUUUUUAUGUUUCAAAGUAGGGUUCUGUGGUUUAGUUAUUAUCCUCCCUGCAACAGAUACAAUUCAACUCGGUUUAUUUAUAUAGCACCAAUGCUUUGUCUGAGGCACUUUACAAAAAAAAAGUCAGAUUCCAAGUCAAUUACAUCUGUUCCAUAUGACCUUAGUUAUCAAAUGAUGGAGUCAGGUUCAGCUUAUUAAUCAGAUUGGUUAAAAGGUUUUCUGUCUAAGCAAACCCUGCAGAUUGUAUCGAGCAAGCGACUUCCAGCAUUUACUCCUCCUGGAUGAGCAUGUAGUGACAGUGGGCAGUUGCUUGCAUUGAGUUGUUGUCUUUGCAGCAAUCCCUCAUUCUGAACCUGUAUGUAGCAACAGUGGAAAGGAAGACUCCCCUUUAACAGGAAGAAAGCUCAACAGAACCAAAACCAGGCUCAGCGUAAGCAGCCACCUGCAGUGACUUACUGGGGGUUUAAGAAGACAGAGCAGACACAAAACAACACAGAAGCGCAGACACAGGAGUACUUUCUAUGUUAAAGAAAAGUCAAAAGUUAAUGGCAGUAGUAGCUCCGUUAGUGGCUUCAUCUAGGAGAGAAAAAGCUAAACGGAUAAGCUCUGAGCCAGUUUUCAAAUCUAAAGGAUGAAGGAGAGCACAUAAAGUUGUUGGCAGCAGUAGCUCAGCUGAUGUCCCCUCUCCAGGAAUAUGUCACAGCUAAACAUGACACCAGGCCAGAUGGAGCUUCUAUGAAGAGAAUUACUUUUCUAUGAAUUAUGAAGAAAUAACUACCAAAUAAGUAUAUUUGGUAGAAUUUGUAAACCAGUCAUCAUUUUCAAGAAAAAUCCAAUACAACAUCCUAUUAAGUAGGAUUUCUGCCUUGUAGGUGGCUAAACAACCCCACUAUCAAAAUCUAACAUGGUAUCAGCAUGCAUUAAAUCUAGUGAAAGCGUCACAAAUAAACUUAUUUUUGCACUUCUGAUGGUUUCAGUCUAAAUAUUAAUUGCACAUAUACUACUGUGCAACAUCAAUUUGUGAUUAUGUUCAUUUAGUCUUUUGAAUGCAUAACAUACUGAGAAGUAUCUUAUUAGAUUGUGUUGCUACUAACAUUUAGCCUGGUCACUAAGAACUAUUAGCAAAUCCCACUUCAAGACUUCACUUAAAACAUCCAAAAUAUAGUUUUUUGCUCUCAAAACUGCACUUUGACGUAGGUAGCAACAGUUACUCUUACAUACAUGGAAAAAAAGACAAUACACCCCUUUUCAGGUUUAGUCCUUCAUGUAUCAGGGGUAAUAAAACGAUCUGUGCAGGUUAUAAACAUACUUAAAUUAAAAAGGAAAAUCUACCUGUGAAAAACUAUUUCUGUGAAGUACAGCCUUACUGCUUUAGUAGGACAUAGGAGGUAAGGUAGCAGUCAGUCAACACCAAUCAAAUACUCCCAGUUAACUAAUCUUCAGCAAGUGUGAACAUCACCAUAGAAGCCGGGUGUUGUCACUUUGCUGGUGUGGAGCAUACAUGUAUGUGCUGACACGUUACCAUCAGCUUUCAGCAAUAACCUUAGAGGAGCACCUGUUGUUUCUCGUCAAUCUUAGAUGGGUUAUAAGGCCAUUUGCAACUAUUUAAAGUUCAUAAAUCAGGAAAGAUUAUUAUGUUGAAAACAUUUAGGACAGUUACUAAUCUUCCCUGGAAUGAAUAUCCCAGCAAAUUCCCUCUAAGAUCAGACUGUAUAAUGCUCAGAGGACUGAAAAAAGACUUUAAAGGACUAAAUAUUCUGUAAUGUAUAUUUAUAAUAAAAAGACUGAACAUAUGUGGCUUGUUCUGAAGGGUUGCCAGAAGAAAUUGUCUCUUCUGUCUAAUAAAGAAUUUAGCACCAUAUAUUAAGGUUACAGAGUUGCAUUUGAAUUAUCCACAACAGUUCUGUCAGACCUGUGUCAGAACAGGUAAGACCUAAGGUAAGACCUAAGAAGAGUUCCUUUGCCAUAAUGCACUGCAGCUUGUUGAGUAAAAACCAGAAACAGAGUAUAAAUACCUCAACCUUACUGUUAAUCAUGGUGGUUUGAAGGCUGAGUAUUUGACCCUGUCUUGCAGUUAUUAAACCAACCAUGUUUUUCUCUGUAUACCAUAGUUUCAAGAGUCAAACAAAAGGCUAUUUGUCCAACAGCUGAAGCUACAUUUUCAUCAUGGAAAGGACAAAGGUUUCUAGCACAGCUACUGAUCCACAACAGCAUGUCUAAAAAGGAAAAUACUCAUAGUGCUGCAUUGAUCCAAUCACUGUUGCAAGGAACAGUAGGCCAAGAUUUCUCUUAGGUACCCAAGUCACUGCUGUGGUUGUACCUGCAUUUAAUCAAGAGGUCUAUAGGUCCUUCUCAAAAUAUUAGCAUAUUGUGAUAAAGUUCAUUAUUUUCCAUAUUGUCAUGAUGAAAAUUUAACAUUCAUAUAUUUUAGAUUCAUUGCACACUAACUGAA